AUGAGGCAUCAUUCCCUUUUCCUUUUUUCUUUAGGACAAAUUGGGAGACAAGAACAAGCGCAAACGACAACGUUGCACAUCAAAACAAGAAUCAUGAUGACAAUAUCUUCGCCCUCCAAAGAUGACAAUUUGGGAAUGGAUAAUGGAAAAUAUGUUCGAUACACACCCGAACAAGUUGAAGCUUUAGAAAGAUUAUAUCAUGAUUGCCCAAAACCAAGCUCCAUUCGUAGACAACAACUCAUUCGUGAGUGCCCAAUUUUAUCCAAUAUCGAGCCAAAGCAAAUCAAAGUUUGGUUUCAAAACCGAAGAUGUAGGGAGAAGCAGAGGAAGGAGGCAUCAAGACUACAAGCUGUUAACAGGAAACUAACAGCAAUGAAUAAGUUAUUAAUGGAGGAGAAUGAUCGAUUACAAAAACAAGUAUCUCAUUUGGUGUAUGAAAACAGCUACUUUCGUCAACAAACUCAAAAUGUGACACUUGCCACCACAGACACGAGUUGUGAGUCAGUGGUGACAAGCGGGCAACACCACUUGACACCUCAGCAUCCACCAAAGGAUGCAAGUCCUGCAGGGCUUUUGUCGAUUGCUGAGGAGACUUUAACAGAGUUUCUAUCAAAGGCUACUGGGACAGCAGUGGAAUGGGUCCAAAUGCCUGGGAUGAAGCCUGGUCCGGAUUCCAUUGGAAUCAUUGCUAUUUCUCAUGGUUGCACGGGUGUUGCAUCAAGAGCUUGUGGUCUUAUUGGUCUUGAACCCACACGAGUUGCUGAAAUCCUUAAAGAUUGGUCAUCCUGGUUUCGUGACUGUAGGGCAGUUGAUACUCUUAAUGUGCUUUCAACAGCAAAUAAUGGGACAAUCGAGCUGCUUUAUAUGCAGCUUUAUGCACCUACUACUUUAGCACCAGCUCGUGACUUCUGGUUACUACGGUAUACGUCUCCUAUGGAGGAUGGUAGCCUGGUGAUUUGUGAAAGAUCAUUGAACAACACUCAGAAUGGUCCUAGUAUGCCACCUGUCCCUCAUUUUGUAAGAGCAGAAAUGCUGCCAAGUGGUUAUUUAAUAAGACCAUGUGAAGGUGGUGGCUCCAUAAUUCACAUAGUUGAUCAUGUUGAUUUAGAGCCAUGGAGUGUUCCUGAAGUUUUGCGCCCUUUAUACGAGUCAUCCACUUUACUUGCUCAAAGGACGACAUUUGCGGCGUUUAGUCAUUUAAGGCAAAUUUCACAAGAGAUUUCUCAGCCAACAGUCACAAGUUGGGGAAGAAGACCAGCUGCUCUUCGUGCACUUGGCCAGAGAAUGAGCAGAGGUUUUAAUGAAGCCGUGAAUGGCUUCGCGGACGAGGGAUGGUCGGUGACGGAAAGUGACGGCGUUGAUGAUGUCACCGUCUUUGUAAACUUGGCUCCGGCAAAGGCGACGGGUGCGAAUCAGAUGUAUGCCGCCCACGGGAUUCCGGUGGUCAGCAACGCAGUGUUAUGUGCUAAAGCCUCGAUGUUGUUGCAAGAUGUGGCUCCAGCCAUACUUAUGAGGUUUUUAAGAGAAUAUCGAUCUGAAUGGGCUGAUAGCAGUAUGGAUGCAUACUCUGCUGCUUCAGUUAAAGCGGGUCCCACGAGCUUGCCUAUGGAUAGAAAUGGAAGCUUCGGUAGUCAAGUUAUUCUUCCAUUGGCUCAUACCCUUGAGCACGAAGAGUUCAUGGAAGUGGUUAAGCUUGAAAACAUGGGCCAUUAUCAAGACAACAUGAUGAUGCCUGGUGACAUCUUCUUUCUGCAGCUUUGCAAUGGAGUCGAUGAGAAUGCAAUCGGAACCUCUGCAGAACUUGUUUUUGCCCCCAUUGAUGCCUCAUUUACCGAUGACGCCCCUCUCCUUCCAUCUGGUUUUCGUAUUAUUCCAAUUAAUAAUAAACUGACUCAAAAUCCAACACGUGACCUGGCAUCAACACUGGAGGCACCCCGGAAUCAAAGAGGUUCCAAUCAGGCGGGGCCCACAAAGUCAGUUAUGACAAUCGCGUUUCAGUUUGGUUUUGAGAUUCAUCUUGAAGAAAACAUUGCAGCGAUGGCUAGACAAUAUGUACGCAGCAUCAUAUCAUCAGUGCAAAGAGUCGCUUUGGCUCUUUCACCUUCUCCUUUUGGGUCUCCAAGUUUACAGGGAAACCCUGAAGCUCACACACUCACUCAUUGGAUCCAACAAAGUUAUAGUGGCUUUUUAGGUGAGGAGCUUUUUAAAAGUGUUGAUGGACGAAGCGAAUCUGUUCUUAAAACACUUUGGAAUCACUCGGAUGCCAUAACAUGUUGCUCUCUGAAGACUUUGCCAGUUUUCACUUUUGCCAAUCAAGCGGGGCUUGAUAUGCUGGAGACAACGUUAGUUUCACUUCAAGAUGUUUCAUUGGACAAGAUUUUUGAUGAAAAUGGAAGGAAGAAUGUUUUUUCAGAGCUCCCACAGAUUCUGCAACAGGGUUAUGCUUGUCUUCCUGGGGGUGUAUGCUUGUCAAGUAUGGGGAGACCCGUAUCGUAUGAACGUGUAGUGGCAUGGAAGGAUUUGAUAAAACAACUGAGACAAAAGAAGCCAAAAGCCCAAAAGCUUGAGAAAGUUGAACUAUACAAAUCUGUUCUCGUCUUUUUUCUCCCACCUUACAGAUCUGUUAUCAUCUUCUCGUUCCGAUUGGCUUCACCACUCCCGUUUCCCAACCACGAUACUCCUCAGUCAACAACCAUUGCCGGCGUUGCCUACCCCUUUCUCCGUUCAGCUUAUUUGUUGUUUUCGAUUUUCUAUUUUGAUGAACUAGAAUUCGUGAAAGAUUGGUAA